AUGACACCCGACGACGUGACCCUUCGACCAAGGAAGCGUACUAUAGCGACGACGGACUACCCCGACUCGAAGGAUACAAAGGCGAAGAAGCUGAAGACCGGCGUGUCUUCGCAGGUAAGCAUACGCGAAUCAUCAGUGUCCGACAGUUCUCGAACUUCGGAAACAGCCCUCUCAUCCGCAGCUUCUUCGCGCACAGUGGGUCGAACGCUAAGCCCUCAAUCCGUCAGCACGAUCUCGUCACGUACGCUGGAAGAGUUCCCAGCGUCAACUGGUCCGAAAUUGUAUGGAAACGAAUCAACGCAAACUCCUGAGCGUUCAACCUCGCCUUCUGCAACACUGUCGGCUGUCAGCACGCCCCUACACGAGGACGAUGGGAUUGUGACAGACAACGAUGAGAGCGACGAUGAGGAAGAUGACUUCACGAACAGCUAUCGUGAAGGCAGUAGGUAG